AUGACUAAUUGUAAAUACAUCACAGCACUUAUCAAUGCACACAAUCAUUACCGCAGUUCAGCUCAUCUACCACAAUUGCAUUAUAAUUGGAGAUUGCAAAAAACAGCUCAAUCACAUGCCAAUCGUAUGGCACAAACACAACAAAUGUCUCAUCACGAAAAUAUUCCUGGUCGGACAACCGUAGAUGAUCGUGCUCAUCAGGCGGGAUAUACCUAUUCCUUUGUUGGUGAAAAUAUUGCUGCUGGACAGACAACAGUCGCCGGUGUUAUGACGUCAUGGAUGAACAGCACGGGACAUCGACAUAAUAUUCUGAAUGGGAAUUACAAUAACAUAGGAGUGGCAGUUGCUCAAGGUUCGAAUGGUGUGCGCUACUGGUGUGCUGUUUUGGGCAGAAAAAUGGGUGGUUAA